UUUUCCAAAACAAUCACAUGAUCCCGUUCGGCAACUCUCUGUCUUUUACGUCAUUUUUGCUUUACAGGAAUUUAUAUAAACAAAAAUGACUGUUGGGCAGCUGAUAUUUGGGACAUUGUUGGACAGUCUGAUUUCGAUGAUGAAUUCACUUGCUGAUUGACAGGAAUAUUAGACUAAAGAUAUCAUGGCAUACAAAAUGCCAUCAGAGGUUAUUACCCAUAUAAUGAGGUAUCUGAGUGUGGCUGACAGAAAAGAUGCUGCAUUAGUCAACAAAGUAUGGUACGAUGCUUCUUUAGAUCCAAUCCUGCAGAGAGAUAUAGUAAUACACUUCUAUGGCACUAUGGUAGAAAGCAGAUUUCCUAAUCUUAGUCGACGUAAAAUGUCAAAUUUGAUGCUUGAUCAGUUUGAUAGCUCACUGGAAUCUAAAUCUAUAAUGCUGAAAUCUUGUCAGAAUUUCAGUCAGUCUUUACGUAACUUGUCACUUAAGGGAAGCAACAUAACCGAUGCACUUUUCGUUGAUCUUAUGUCGCAUUGUAAGAAUCUGGUGCAUUUAGAUCUGAGUUCCUGUAAUUCACUUUUUAUGUCGGGUCGUAUAUUAGAAUUAAAUGAUGAUAUUCAGAAGCUAAAGGACACAUUAAAGAAUGUGAAAGUUCUAAAUCUUUCUUCCAUUCGUUUUUUGUCUGAUGCUACUUUCAAUAGGAUGGUCACAGUCUGCUCAAACGUAGAAUCGGUCCAUCUUGCCAGUGCUCAAAUAACAUUUAUCUCAGAAAGCUAUUUACCGAAAGGACAAACAAACUGUGUAAGCAGCAGUUUACUGACAUUUGGCAACAUUCUCCACUUUAUAGAAACACAACAGGAUACACUGAAGGCUUUAGAUUUUACCAGGACUGGCAUUUCAGAUGAUCCAUUAGAUCAAAUAGCAUCCAUACAAAACCUGGAAUUAGAAGAAAUAGUCCUGACUGGAUGUAAAGACGUUACAGACGAGGGCAUUAAUUCUCUAUGUAAAAACCAGAAACAUCUUCGUAUAGUUGAGGUUAAAGGUUGUACAGAAAUAAGUGGUGCUGCGUUAGAGCUUAUAACUCAGAACUUGAUGUUUUUAGAAAUUCUGCGUCUAGGAAAAUGCCGACAGCUUAAUGAUAUUGCAGUUAGGAAUUUACAUAGACUAAGAUGUUUGCAGGUUUUGGAUCUGUCAGAAAUUUACCAGCUGACAUCAGCAGGACUGAUUAAAGGGCUGUGUCAUAACGUAAAUGAAAUGUUGACUCAUAUCAAUUUUAACUGUUGCUCCAAUGUCAAAGAUAACUUUGUUGUAUCUCUAUGUAAAGCUGCUCCCAACUUGCUUCACUUAGAUCUAGGCUCCACUGGUAUUACCAAUAUUAGUGUUCAGGCUGUUUGUAAAUAUCUGACGUUUUUAAGAUAUUUCAGAGUAGCAUGGUGCCGAGAGAUAACAGACUUAGCAUUAGUUGGCUACAAGGAUGCAGAUAAGGACAUUAUUGAGAAAGCUAAAGAAAAUCCUGACGAUUUUGACAUUGGCAGACUGAGGAGCAUAUAUGAUAACCAUAUUAUCUUCAAAAAACCUACGGGGUUUAAAAAAGACCAACUGUCGGCCAGUGAUUUAGAGAAGUUAGCACAUGACACAACUACAGGGUACACAUUAGACUGCUUGGGACAUCUUCAUGACCUUGAUUUAUCUGCUUGUAAGAUGCUAUCUGACGGCAGUUUAGUCCAUGUGAUCAAAUUCAAAGAGCUCCGGUCUCUCAGUCUGUGCAUGACAAACAUUACUGACACAACUGUCAGUGCAGUGGCUGCUAAAAAUCCCAGUCUUGAGCAUAUUUGUUUGUCACAGUGUCUUUCUAUUACAGAUGAUGCGAUCAGAGAUGUGACGAAACGUCUUACACGACUUUCAAGUCUGGACAUCGCUGGAUGUGACAAUCUAACUGACAAGAGUAUUCACCAUAUACAGAUGAACUGUAAGAGACUUAAGUCACUAGAUGUGUCUUUCUGUAAGAAGAUUUCCCCUGAAAGUGUGGGCCUUUUGGAGACAAAUAUGAAAACUAUUCAGUCAGUAAACAAAAGGCUAACUGGAAAUUGAUGAAAGUGGAUAUUAGCAAGCUGUGAAAGAAUUUUUUGUUAAUGAUGUAUACAUGUUUUUAGUUGAUUAUAAGAUCUUGAAAUCUUUGUCUCACAAUUUAACUGACACAAGCUAGUUCUGAGGUAGUUGUUAUGAUUUUUUUACCAAAAAAGUAUUUUUUAUUUCCCCAAAAAUGGUAUUCAGGGAAAAGAAACAAAUAAUUUCUAAAUGAUAUGUUCUUAAACAAACUUUCUCUUUGUGAUAAGAUUUUUUUUAAGAAUGAAAAAAAAACCAUACCCUCCUCCCUCCCCCUUCUCACAGUUAAAUUGUAAUUUCCUAACCGACUCAAAUCAAUUAAGAUUUUAUGUAUUUUGAAAAUGUUUCUUAGGUUUUAAAUGUUCUUUUUGUAGUUCAGAUUGCUUUUAUUUCUCAAGAUUUCUUUUUUCUUACUUGAUCAAAUAAUAUUAUGAAUAGAGGAUGGACCAUGGGUAUACAAAUUUCAGCAAAAAAUUAAACUUUUAUUUUUUCAUUACAAAUUUUAUUUAUUACACCAUUAGUUAUUACUUUAUGAUAUGGUACAAAAAUCAACCCAAAAAAACUGAUUCUGUUUGGACCCAGAUGACUUUUAAAAUGUUUAUAUCAUCGAAAAAUUAUUUCCCUUUGGUGCAAAAAUGCAUUUUUUUGGCAUUAAAUUUGAAAUAUCUUUUUUUACUCAUCAGUGACCUACAUUUUUUAAUAUUGUUUCCAAAUAAGCUGUACAUAAAUAAAUAAUUGUAAAAUUUAAGCCAUUUCUGUAAUUAGGUUAUUUUUUUAUUUUGAUAUUACCUCUAUUUCUCCUAUUAGCUCAACAGAAAAAAAGGACAUUAACAAAAAUGUAUGCUUCCUCCCGAGGCAGAUUGUGAGUUAAAUGAACGGUGAUCCCAUUUUUUUAUUUCAUUUUUCUUUUAAGUACAUGAUAAAGUUCAUUUAUUAAAAAAUAUAGCGAAAUCCUAUAUUAGAAAAAAAAGAUUUAUACCCCGGAGCCCCCUUAAGACAAAAAACUCACUUAUUCCUUGGAGUCUAUAUGAGAAUUUGGUUGAUUAAAGAAUGAAAGCAUAUACUACACUGACCAACUGAUUGUAGUUUACAUUACACAUUUAUGAAAUAUUAUAUGUACAUAGUUUGAUAUUAUUUUGAAAGAAAUUUAUUGUUUGAAGUUUUUACUGUUUUUUUCAUAUGACAAAUUCUCAUUGGCAUGUCAUAUUUAGUGUUCUUGCAAAAUUAAAAUUUCUUUAAAAUUAUAAACUGCUGAUAGUUUAAAGAUAUGAUUUCAAAAAAGAAACAUCCACAUGUGAGAUGGUAUGACAGGUAAAAAACGAGAACACAAUUGAGGUUGAUGUGGCCUGACAUAGGCGGAUCCAGGAGGCUCUGGGGGCACGCCCCCCCCCCCUCCUUUUGUGGGAAAAUUUUGGUUGAUUAUAUAGGGAAUCAUUGAAGCAUAACUGGAGCGGGCCCUCCCUUAGGAAAAGUUCUGGAUCCGCCACUGGGCAAAUUUCAAUCUAAUAUUCACACAGUGGUCACUAAGGUUUUUAUUUGUCAUGACAUUAUAUAUAUUUUAUUUUUUGUUGACAUUUAAACUAAAUUUGUUCUUAAUUUAAUGCAUUUUCAAAUCAUCGGUUUUACUAAAUAUUAAUCAUAUCAACAUUAUCAUUAUGAAAACACAAAUGAUACAGUUGAGAUACAAUGUAUGAUACAUGUAUGUAUUUUCUUUCUGAUUUUAAUGCAUUGUUUUCUUGUGAUUCCAUUACAAAUAGAGUUGUUAUGAAAUCCUGAUGGUCUAUCAGUGGUUUUAGUUUAUUGCUGUUUAUCUUUUUUUUGUAUAUGUCAUUUCAGGGCAUUUUUUUGUUUGUUAUGUGGUUUGGAUUUUGCUCUUUGUUGAAGCCAUUCAGUGACCUUUAGUUGCUAACCUUCUGAGAGAUUUUGGUUUAGAGAGUUGUCUGA